CAGACUCAGCCAGGAUUGGUAUACAUCACUCGGUGACCGAUGAGCUUCAUUAAAGGAAAAGUUUUUGGCCUCAGGAAUCUGAUGACCUUCGUGGUGUAUGGGUUGUUGAUCCUUCUCUUCUCCCUCACAAUGGUUCACUGGCACAGCCACAUUCAGCCACAAUUUUCAACUUUAUCACUUCGUAUAUUAGGUGAGGGUGAAGUGGGCCAGAACCAGAAGGAUAAGACUGGUGGGUUCCUGAGUGUCUUACAUCGCUCCGUUAAGAGAAAGCUGAUAUCUGGUGCCCUGCCCUUGUCCACGAGCAUCAAGUCAGAGUGGAAAUUGUGGGGAAACGAUUCGCAAGAGAGUCCCUGUUCUAGUUACACCACCAGCCUCAUAAAGAAAGGUUUCCUCGGUGAAGGCCGCCCCCUCUCUGAAACCCUCGUGAGGAAGACACACCAAAAUGUUCGACUAUCAUUUGAAUACCAUGCCUCCAGCAUCAGGCACCCCACCUUGCUGCUCAUCAGAAACCCCGCCAACGCUCUGAUCUCCUUCUACAAGUUCAGUAAGAGUCACAGUCACGUAGACCAGAUUUCAUACGAGCUCUUCUCUUCAGAGAACUUCCACAAGUUUGUGAAGACCAACUUGGUGAAAUGGAUGACUCUGGCCGUUACUUCACUUACGAUGAACGAUGCACCGCUAUACGUGCUGUACUACGAGCGUUUAUUGGAGAACCCCAUAGAGGAACUGACCAAGGUCCUCGCCUUCCUCGGUACGACCACCACCACCACCACCACCAUCAACAACAAAAUUGCUAGUUCUUGGUCCUUCUUUCUUACUUCACGUAAUUAAUCUGUUCCUUUUUCUCGUCCUCCUCUUCUUCCUCCUCUUCCUCCUCCUCUUCUUCCUCCUUUGCUUUUCUUUGUUUUCUUUGUCCUCUGUUCCUCUGUAUCCACCCUUCUUUGUGUUGCCUCUCUUGUGUCUCUAGUUGUUUCUGUAUGUCAUAUGUAUAAGAGAUGAGCUAGAGAUAAAUAGACAGAUAGACAGAUAGACGGACAGAUAGAUAAACAGAUAGAC